CAGAGAUGUUUAUAUCGUGACACGUAGAUAUUAGUCGUCAGGAACGAUCGGGUCUUAGUUGUCGAGGAAUUCUCGAAGAGUGAAGAUCGCGCAAUACGUUUUCAAUUUUGUGUACUAGUAGUUCGCAAUAAUAUUCAUACGAGAUUUAUGUUUUAAUGCAUUGACUUUCAUUAUACAAAAGAUGAUACGCAUUACGCAGAUGCUUAUAUUCUUAGGAGCAAUAACCUUAAUAUUUGUCACUGGAGUUGCUUCUUCCACUGACCAGAAGUUAUCUCGGACAUCGCAGUGUAUACAACCGAUAAAUUAUACAAUUUCUUUAGAAAAACAAAACACUUCUCUUACCAUUAAUUCUACGGUUGUGCUAAACGUGUCAUGUGAACAAAAAGACAUACGAUUACAAAUCGGACGGUAUUGUUAUAUACAAAAUGUGUAUGUUGAAACUGAAAUUCUGUAUGACUAUAUAUCACAUUGGGAAGUUACUGUAUCAGAGGUAACUACUAUCAAAAAUCGAUUCAAAAAUGUGGAUAUUAAUCCCAUAAAAGAAAACAAAAUUCCUCCAAACGUGUUUAUACUUAAACAACUGGAAAAACCNGUAAGAUCUGGAAAAUAUGUGAUAACUUCGAUGUAUAAAUGUAAUUUAACGGAGGUUGUCACGGUUGACCCGUACAUAAGUCAAACUGAAACGAAAGAAUUCCUGCUCUUAUCGCGUAUUCCAAAUGAAUGGAUUUUUCCAUAUUGGGAACAUCCAGCAUCUAAGGCUAGAUUUACCAUUCAAAUUAUACACAAACACAGUGAUACAGCUCUUUCGAACAUGCCUACUGAAUAUUGGGGUCCGGUAAUAAACGCGUUCAAAACAACAUUUUUCACCACACCUCUAAUAUCUACGCAUUUGGUUGCAUUUGUUGUUAUACCGAAUGUAUAUAACACAACUACGAUAUCAGGAAAUAACGUUACCAUUAGAAGCAGCUUAGAAAUGAGAAAUGACACAUACUAUGCACGAACUUUUCUUAUUAAUAUCUUCAUAAGUCUCAGAAACAUGUGGAAUGAUAUCAUACCACGGUCGCAUGUUUAUUACGUGCUACUGCCUUUAACCUCUAAUCGUUACGAAAGUAUGAUAACUCCUGGAUUUGUUUUUUUGAGUGAAGUUAACAGUAUAUAUAACAGCGAAGUAGAUUCAAUUAUUAAACAAAAAGAAGUAACAUGUUUCAUAGCAAGAAAUGUGAUACAAGAAAUGUUCAGUGAGUGGGUAGCUACAUUUAAUCAAUCGGAUUCUUGGUUUAUCGAAGGAUUUUCAACAGUUUAUGGAGUUUAUAUUUGGGACAAGAGUUUAAUGAAGUCAAUUGUGGUCCAGACACGACGAAACGUUUUGGAUUAUGCAGAAGCAUUUAGUACAUAUGAUUUUGCAAUUCAAGAAAAAUCUUGUACAGCUCGAAAUUCAACUGUUAGGAAAAUGUGGCGAGAAAGAGCAUUCGGCAUCUUUUAUAUGCUUAGUCAUAUCUUCGUUGAAGAAGAUUUCUUAUAUACUUCUAUGUUUAAACAGGCCGUAAACUUAUAUUAUAACACUGACACAAUAUCAGAUAACAUAUAUAAGGACUUAUCAAUUCUCAAUAAGCUAUGGUACUGGAAUUUUGAGGCGUCCUUAAAUAAGGCUACAUACUUUCCGAAAUACAUAAAAAGAAUACUAACUGUAUGGACAGCAGAAGUUGGUUAUCCUGUGUUAUAUGUAAAACGAGUCAAUGAUACACAGGUAGCAAUAUCUGUCAUAGACUGUUUUACUGUUGAUCACAAACAGCAGUGCGAACUAAAUUGGUGGAUACCUGUGACUGUUACAAAAAUAAUGGGGACAAAAGUUACUGUUAUGUAUUAUGAUCUCCUAACACCAUACAAAAAGUAUAUUAUUUUAUCGCUUUUUAAUAAAAAUGAGUUUGUCAUCGUCGCGAAUUCUGCUGGUUAUCGCGUCAACUAUGACCGUGAAUCUUGGACGAACAUUGAUUUUUCCUUACAAACUGGUGAUCUGAAGAUUACAGAUUUAAAUGAUGUCACUGUAGCACAAAUAUUAGACGAUGCUUUCUAUUUUUUGGUGCAAAAUACAGAAUAUAACGACAAUUCUACUUCAGAUAAUAGUGAUCUAAACAUAUAUCUAAAAAUUGCAAGCAAUAUAUUUCGUGUACACAAUUCCUACAUAAUGUGGUAUCCUAUAUUUUUUGCUCUUGAAAACAUGUCCAAGAUUUUUCCGUUUCCAGAAAGUAUUCUUUCCAGAAAUAUCAAGGAUAAGCUUCUGAUAAUAUUGGAUAGAUUUUUUGAUAAUAUAUCAUAUACACAGUAUUCGGAAAAUAGUGUCAAUAAUCAGUUCUAUCAUGAAGUUUUAAAAUGGACAUGCAUUCUCGGUGAUUUAAAAUGCAUACCACUUAUUAAUGGAACAUUAGAAUGGCAUUUUAAAAAUCCUGCACAAAACAAACUUUUGCCAAGUUGGCAGAAAUGGAUAUAUUGCCAAGGAUUAAUGUUAGAAAUGGUCGCUUAUGAUAAAUCUGCGUUGUGGCAAAAAAUUUUUAACAUAUACCAGACACAAGGAAAAGAAACAGGAUUCUUAGAAUUUUUGCCUUGCUCUAGAAAACCUGAGGACAUUUAUAAUUUUCUCUAUUUUUUUAAUCGUAACACUGUAUCAAUACCUGGAAAUAGUUCGAAUACAAAAAAAAAUAUUACUGAAAAUAUUAUAAAUGCAGAGAAAAGUGUUACUGUUUCUGUACUUUUCACUAUAUUUACUUUGCAGUCAAAAACUACUUCCGUGCUAAAUAAUAUACGAUUCGGACUGCAAACUGGAAUAGUAAGAGGCGUGAACAUACAAUCAAUAAUAAAUUGUAUUAUUAACAACAUAUAUUCACACUACGACUUGUCAAAGAUUACUAACGAAAUGUUCUUACAGAAAUUGGUGCGUAUAUACAUGAUAAAGGAACCAUAUGUUCUCGAUGCCAUUAAAGAAAAAGUUGAAUAUCGUCGUAAUUUUUUAAGUAAAAUGCAACCUAUAAUCCGUGAUAGACCCCAGUAUAUUUUUAAUUAUAAACACAUGAAAAUAUAAAGUUUCUUUUUUCUGAUUUUUUUGCAUGUAAACAAACGAUUUUAGUUAAACGAAUUUACCAGUUAAAUGUAUCGUCAUUUGUAAGUUUCUUUGUUUAAAUAAGUUAUAAGUUAUGAUAACAAACUUUGCUAAUUAUGAUUAAAAUCGGAAAUACACUUUUUGGAUUUUAAUAUGUAAUAAGGAGUUACUCAUAAAAUGAAUACGUUUUGUCAUUAAUAAUACUUAUAUAUUGAAUAUGUAUAUGUAUAUUUAUGUACAGCACACACAUAAACAUAUGAAUAUACACAUUGCUAACUAAACGCACAGUAUCUAAGUAUAGAAAUUAAUGACAGUAAGAGAAAAAUUUAUAU